AUGAUUAUACCCAUGCUUCCUUUCGCUCAAGAUCAGGGACUCAAGUUACCUGCACGUUUAAAGGCACUGGAGAUGAUAGGUCAUUCAGCUGAUCGGUUCAAUUUCGGAUGGCUCAGCGCCACACCUCGGUUGGAGCGGCUACAGAUCCUGGGAAUCAGGACUAAGGGUCAAAUCGGUCUCAUAGAAUCAGAGUCCCAGACGUCUCCGUGGCAUUGGAGAGCCGUGGUGCUUUUGUAUCUCAAGGAAAUGGUGGUCCAUCAUUCGCCCGCACGGCAUUUUAUGUUUGAGAUCGUUCAACAGUGCCCGCGCUUGGAGGUCUUGGACGUUCGAGGGGUUCGUUGGACGGCAUUUCAAACAUUCAACGAUCACUCCCCGGUCAUUAUCGAGACUGGCAUGCAGUCAAGGUACUCAGAAAUAUCCUCUGCGCGAGGUAAGGAAUACCUGACAUGCUGUAGAAUGGAGAUAACGCCUGGUGCUCAAGAACUAAGUGCUCCCAAAAUGUUUUCCGGCCUGAAGCACGUUUUCCACACCUAUUUCUCGAACGUCGUCAAGCUCCGCGUGGACGGCGUCCCGGCGAGGAUCGUCAUCGAUGCGACUGGUGGGGCCUCCUGGGCGUCUUGCGAUGGUGACACCGUCACAAGGAUGAUGAGACGCCUUGAGCGCGUUGUGGUGAAGGACAGUAUCGGGAUUGUUGAGUAUGGAAUGGUGCCGGUGCCGCGUACAGGUUCAAGAGAGGGAGCAGCAACGGGCGCAGACCCAGGCGAUAAGGAAGACGACGGCAAGGGCCACAAAGAUGUGUUCGAGUCCACGGGUAUGGAUGUAGAUUACUCCAAAAAAAAGAAAAAGAGCGAGGACGAAGGUUACGAUCUCAUCAGACAACGCACUGUAUAUCAAAAUGGCUCGUAUGAUCUUACCAGAAUCACGCCUACGACUACGAGUCCGUCAUAUGCAGCCAUUUCUAUUGCUGUGCACAUCUUGACUUUGAUGAUUGUGUGA